AAGGCCAAACGGCGGGUGCUUCUCAUUCUCAUACAGUACACUCAAAAAUAGAACAAAAAUUAAAAAAAAAAAAAAUUCAAGCAGGUUUACACCGAUCAUCACCCACCAUCAAAACUAUCAACCAGUACAACAUUUUUUGCCUCUCUCCUCUCUCUCUCUCUCUUAUUUGUCCUCUAAAAAUCCAUAUCAAUUUCUGGGUUUCUGUUCCCUCCUCAUUAUCUCCAGCACCUUCACCACCACCACCACCACCACCACCUCCAACUCCGCCUUCUUUAGCUCAUCCUCUUAGAUCGGAUCCCUACACAUUAACCCAUGAAAGCACCAUAACCAAUGUUUACUAACCACAAACAAAUUUCCAAACUCCUUUUUUUCUUUAAACGUCUUUUGCCCAUUUUGUACGCAUAUUUCUGAAAUGGGUUUUGUUUCUAUUCGUGGCUUGUCUUAAUAUACAUAGGAGAUUUUAUUUUAUUUUAUUAAAGACAAAGAAUAAUCAGUAAAUGGGAAAUGUAACGUCUAAUGUGGCAGCGAAAUUCGCCUUCUUCCCGCCAGACCCACCAACCUACGAUGUGUGUAGAGAGGAAGAUGGGAGGCUGAUGUUGCCUAGGGUCUCAGCUGACAAGAACAUGGACGUUCAUUUGUUGGAGACUAAAGGCGGGAACAAGAUUGUUGCUACGUUUUGGAAACACCCUUUUGCCAGGUUCACCCUCUUAUACUCCCAUGGAAACGCGGCCGACCUUGGCCAAAUGCAUGAGCUCUUCAUUGAGCUCAGAGCUCAUUUGAGGGUUAAUAUCAUGAGCUAUGAUUAUUCAGGAUAUGGAGCAUCUUCUGGCAAGCCAUCUGAGUUCAACACAUAUUAUGAUAUAGAGGCCGUGUACAAUUGUUUGAAGAAUGAUUAUGAAGUUAAGCAAGAGGAUUUGAUUUUGUAUGGCCAAUCUGUUGGAAGUGGACCAACCCUGCAUUUAGCUUCUCGUUUACAGAAGUUGAGAGGCAUUGUUCUUCACAGUGCAAUCCUUUCAGGCAUACGGGUCUUAUACCCUGCUGUCAAGAUGACGUUUUGGUUUGACAUUUACAAGAAUAUAGAUAAAAUCCGGCAUGUCAGUUGUCCAGUUCUGGUUAUACAUGGAACAAAUGAUGACAUUGUUGAUUGGUCUCAUGGGAAGCGCCUAUGGGAACUCGCAAAGGAAAGGUAUGACCCCUUAUGGGUCAAAGGUGGUGGCCAUUGCAACCUUGAAACUUACCCCGAGUAUAUCAAACACUUGCGGAAGUUCAUGAAUGCAAUGGAGAAAAUCUCCAUCACGAAACCAGCAAAGCACCUUACUUCUACUCCGAGCAUCGAGAUAAAACAUAACAAGUGCUUAAGAUGGAAAAAAGGUAGCAAUUCAAAUUAGUUCAUUGAACACGUAGUUUCAUUGCAAGGAUAAACCUAUAUCCAAGAUUAGAUCUGCUUGUUUUGCACAUUCUGCAAUUGGCAGCCAAGUUUGCUACUACUUGGUAUGUUUCUACAGAAAGGAACUGAUAGGAAUUACACCUAGUAUGAGGUCUUGGUAAGAAAAUUUUUUUAGGGUAGCCUUAGGGAGCUUCUACAAAAACGGUCUAGCAAGUGUUCUAUUGGAAAUCGAAAUCGAAAUCAAAACUGAAAUGUGCUUGAUCUGGGUUUCUUGUAUAAUUUAACCGAGUUGUGCUGUGUAAAAUCUAUCAUCAUUUUCCCAAAAGCAAAUACGUGAUAGUUACUAUUUUUUGCUUUUGAUCA